CCAAAAGUUUCGCAAAAACAGAAGCAGUAGCAGAACAGGAAAAUAAAAAUACAAUCUGUGCAUUUUUUUAAACAACAAUUUUUGGUAAUCAGAGUAGUUUAUAGGUUUACUUGUGCCAUGAUCAACACCCAAAAAUCCAGCAAUAUCAGUCACAAGGAAUGGCGCAAGCUGCGCAAAAAGUUACGCCGGAAACGAAUUCGACAGAAAAUUUCCCAGUCACGAGAUAAUGCUGCAGCUGAAGCGGAAGAACUCAGACUUUUGGAUCCCGACUAUGUGGCAUAUCUUCGUGAGAAGGAACUUCUGGAGUUCGAGCUAUUGCAACAACAGGAGGAACGUCGUCGUUACGAAAAUGCCUUGUGGAUGGACCGGGAAAAGGAAGCUCAAGCUGACUUUGCUGAAACGCGUCGAAAGAUGGAGGUUGAACAGCAGGAAGAGAAAGAGAAACGUGAGCGGAUAAGGAAGGAAUUCGAAGAAAUGGAGCGAAAAGCUAGGGAUGCCAAAGCAGAGAAAGAGCGGCUGAUGGAGGAGUUCCGGAAGAAACAACAGGAACGGGAGCGAAUGUUUGCUGAAUAUUUAGUAGGCAUAGACGACCAUUUACCGACGUUGUGUGAGUCCGUUCAUUCAAGACCGGGUGGAAAUGCUUGCGUGUUUUUCAAAAAGGUUGGCGCAUGCCGUUAUGGUGCAAGAUGCUCGUCGGAUCAUGCCACUCCUGGUCUAAGUGAGCUUCUUCUUCUUCCCAACUUUUUUGCCCAUCCGGCAUUGGAUCAUCAGCAGCAUCCAGAAUACGGUCUGGAUUCGAGCAUAGAAUUUGACGACGAUGAAUUAUACCGCUGUUAUAAGGAAUUCUUUUUUGAUAUAAUUGAAGAGUUCGAAUCGUUUGGCAAAAUUGCUGGAAUAUUUGUUACUCGCAACUACGAGCCACAUCUGCGAGGAAAUGUUUAUGUACAAUACGCAAAGUUAAGAGAUGCUGCAAAAUCCUACCACCGAAUGAAGGGUCGAUUCUACGCUUCGAAACAACUUCGCGUCGAGUUUCGUUCACCCAUCACCUGGACUGCAGCUGUUUGUGGACUAUUUGAGAGGUCACGCUGUCAGAAGGGUAAAUCGUGCAAUUACUUGCAUUUGCUUGUAAAUCCUGUGGCAAAAUAUCGGUAUGACCAUUUUAAAGAGUUGCAAUCGGCCAGACAAUCACAAAGAAUGUCUCAACGGUCUCAGCUUGUUGAGAAAUCAUGGGACGAUAUUGAUAUACCUCACCGGCAACGAACCAACUGGCGAUGGUCAGAAACACCCGAAGUUGAACUCCACACAUCUGAGUCGAAGAUGCAUACUACGGCAUUUGAUGAUCGUCGCAGUGACCGAUCUCGAAGUCGAGCGUCAAGCAGGUCAACCAGGAAGUCCCGAAGUAAUGGCAAAAAAUCGCGAAGCCGUAGCCGAUCUAGGCACCGAUCGCGGGAACGCCGUAAAGAAUCGAGAAAACGACACAGUCGAAGUCGUAGUCGAUCCUCUGAUAGGAAGAAAGGCAAAUACAGGAAGAGGAAAAGAAGUAGGUCAAAAAGUAGGGAAUCACAAAAAAUGAGAGAGAGAUCAGAAAGGAAAUCAAGGAAAUAAAUAAGCCAACGACAUGAAAA